AUAUCAACAUUGAAGCGCGAGAGGGAGCACAAACAGCCCGCAUGCAGCAGACGCUUGACUUCAAUCAUUUUUGCUCACUGACUCUAUUACUUGUAGAUUUAGUUGAAAACUGGAUCAUUAUCUUAUAUCAAACAUAAACGGGGUCAUGCAAAAGUUCUUUGAAUGCGGCAUCUUCAGUUCGAGGCUCUUUUAAGACUUUUUUCCCUGGAGAAUAAGAACAUGACAUGUGGGAAGUGUGAUUUGCUGGCAUUAUAAUGUCAAGUUUGCCAUCGUCUUAGACUGCGAAGGAUGAACCGAAUGGGUUCCUUUACAUAGAGCCUAUCAUAUCCAUUUAUGCACUAGAAAAAACCAGGAUAGAACAGAAAAAAUGGAACCGUUUACAUUGCAUGAUAUGCUCAUAAACUCAACUAAUCUUUAUAAGAUAUUAUGUGACUUUGGAAUCAAGAAUGUCUCAGAGUGUGAAGAUGAAAGCGAGACCCCUCCGGAACCGAAAGAUUUGAAUCAGACGGUACGUAUCUUCCUCUAUAGCCUCAUCUUCCUGGUCAGCGUUCUGGGUAACAGCCUGAUCAUCGCCGUGCUGGUGAGGAACCGUCGCAUGCGCACCGUCACCAACCUGUUCCUGCUCUCCCUGGCCGCCAGCGACCUGAUGCUCUGCCUCUUCUGCAUGCCCUUCACCCUCAUCCCCAACCUCAUGAGGGACUUUGUGUUUGGCUCGGGCAUCUGCAAGGUGGCCAUGUACUUCAUGGGGAUCUCGGUGAGCGUCUCGACCUUCAACCUGGUGGCCAUUUCCCUGGAGCGCUACAGUGCCAUCUGCAACCCCCUGACCUCCCGGACCUGGCAAACCAAGUCCCACGCUGCCAAGGUCAUCUCUGCCACCUGGGUGGUGAGCUUUCUGUUCAUGCUGCCCUACCCCAUCUCCAGCACCCUGGUACCCUUCACCCGGGUCAACAACAGCACGGGCAACAUGUGCCGCCUGGUAUGGCCCAGUGAUGUCAUCCAGCAGUCCUGGUAUGUGUCCCUGCUGCUGCUGCUCUUCCUGGUUCCUGGGAUCAUGAUGAUGACAUCCUAUGGCCUCAUCUCCCUGGAGCUCUACAGGGGCAUCAAGUUUGAGAUGGCCAACAGGAAGUCCAGCAGAGAGAGACAGUGCAGCACCGGCAGCAUCAAACCCGGCGACAACGACGGCUGCUACCUUCAGCCCGCCAAGAAGAAGGGCGAGCUUGCCCACCUCCAGAGCCCUCCCUCGACCCCUAGCCCUAACGUGACCGUCAACAGCAGAGACAACGUGGACAGCAACAAGUCCAAGCUGAGCCGCGUGUGCAGCAACAGCUCCACCUGCAACCUGAUGGCUAAGAAGCGCGUGAUUCGCAUGCUCCUGGUCAUCGUCUGUCUCUUCUUCCUAUGCUGGACGCCCGUGUUCGCCGUUAACGCCUGGCGGGCCUUCGACCGCCGUUCGGCCGACAAGCUCCUCUCGGGGGCGCCGAUAUCCUUCAUCCACCUGUUGUCGUACACCUCCGCUUGUGUCAACCCCAUUAUAUACUGCUUCAUGAAUAAGCGUUUCCGCCAAGGGAUUUUGUCCACCUUCACCUGCUGUAGCAGCCCCAAGGCCGGUGGAGUCGGGCGGGGGGCUGGGAGUAGGAUGGGGACGGGGAGAGGGGGAGGAAGAGGAGGGAUGAGGAGCAGAGAGGAGAAUGGGCACACGCCGCAGAGUGGUAAUAACACGCGCUUCACAUACAGUAGUAUCCGUGGCUCCGCCCAGGCUUAGCUUCCUUUCUCCAUCAUUGACCAAUCAGAAUGAGUAAGUGGUCAUGCAUACACACACACACACACACACACACUGUACAUUGAGCUUUCGGUCUCUGAGGAGGUCAUGCAUGCCUGCUUUCAACUUUUAAAGUCACCAUACUUGUGAAAGUGGACAUGUAUGUAUGAAGAGAAUCUCAGACAAUAGGUUGAUGAUAUACUUGGUGUCAUUACAAAGAAUGGACAAAUCAAACGAUGGCAUGUUGACUACAUGAAAUGGAGAAAUGGAAUAAUCAGCCAAGGUUUUCAACAAGGAGAAGGUUAUGAAUUUAAAUAAGUAUUGCUAAACAAACUACAUGGACUGAGGAACGGUGGCACCUGAUAUAACUCUUUAUGAGGUACAGGACCCUAAAUGCUUCUUUAAUAGGGGCCGUGAGAAAACAUGGCUAGUUUAUGUCUACAGCCAUGAGGUCUACAUUCAAUGCUGUUCCUCCACACAGACAUUCACCUCAAACACCCAUGAUGUGUACAAUCGUCACGGUGUCUCUUCACGUAACCCCUCCUCCUCUCCUGAAUCACCCAUGGGGGAAAAGCAGCACCCUAGUUGUCUUGGUUUGACGUUGACCAGAUGAUCCCAGAGGAACGUCCAAGCAGCUUUUUCAGAGCCAUGUAAGAUCUCCAUGAGCAAUGUUGAACGGAUGAACCCUGGCUGACCCUUGUGUGUGUGUGUGUGUGUGUGUGUGUGUGUGUGUGUGUGUGUGUGUGUGUGUGUGUGUGUGUGUGUGUGUGUGUGUGUGUGUGUGUGUGUGUGUGUGUGUGUGUUUUCUCCACUCUCUACAUAAUAUUCUCUCUGUACACAUUCUUGUCAGGGACUUGAAAGGCACAAACCACAGCCCAAGGACGACACCACGUUCCCCAAGACAUUAAUAACUUCCCAUACCUCGGACUCCUUUUUACAGGCAGUGUGACAUACAAAUAUGCCCAUACGUGUAAAUACCUCUGGACUAAUUGUUACCAUCCCUGGCCUUGUCAUGCUCUGAAAUGCAUUCCUAGCCUUGUAGCAUAGUGUCAUCCUCGUGGGCGCACAAAAAAAAAAAAACGUUGUUUUCUUGUCCUUGACUCAGUCAUCUUUUAUCGUUGUACCUAGUGUACUAUUUAUUGUAAGUGACACAACUGUGGCCUUAUCGUGGUGUGGGACUCUGUGCACCUGUCUGUCCCACUACUUCAAAAGGACCUUUUCCCAGCAUUACCUGUCAAGCAAAUCACACCUGGUCUCUGUUGACUUGGGUUGUGAAAUGCAUUGCAGCACAAAUGUAGCAAAUUGUGUUGUUUUCUCCUCUUUGUUGUGUCGUCAUGUCACUGUUCAUUGGAGGAUUUUUAGUGUUGCUCUCGAAGGGAAAUUGUUCUGUAAAGUGCAUGGGAUGCAUUACCAAAAAAAAAAGGAAAUUAAAUAUUAAAAAGUC